CUUGAUUUGCAGUCUAGCAUAUUUUCGUCACUGUGUGCACACAAUGGGAGUCACAUUGUCAGGGCUCCCCAACACCGGCCAAUGCUCCCGCCUAGCCUUCACUGCCCACUGUUGACUAUCUUCAUCAACCGGAAGUGCUGACCAAAUAGCUCUAUUAAACAUAAAAUACCCCCCACUGUCGCAGUGAUAAGCUUCUGUCAUUUGAAUAGAACAGAAUUCUCACGCCAGACUUAACCUACAAAGUGUCGACCAUCGCUGACGCCAAAAUCAUGGAGACGUACGAAGAUCGUGAUUACCAGAAGGAGCAAAUUCGCGCUGUACAGGAGUACGAGCGGAUGAUGAAAGACAAGAAGCUUGCAAAUCAUGGCGCGGUUCUUCCCGUUUCCCCUAAGAAGGGCACAGAGCACUGUCACUUGGGCUCUUCGCGUCUUCACCGUCUAGCAUGCGGCCAUAUCAUCCACACUGAGAAGGAAUCGAUGUGUGCAAGCAAUUGCUCUACUCCUAUUUCAACCUUCGCACCGUUUGUGUGUAUCAUCUGUGAGCGUUGGAACAUGGUGCAGUCCGGUAAAGCCUCGCGCCGCAGCUCACGGUUCACGGAGCUCAUCUUGCCAGAUUUCCCGGUACUUGACCACUCGCAGGUGCCAAUUAUCGGUCGCGCUCGAGAAUGUAAUGCGGUAUACAUGCUGCCUAAGGGUCAUGUUUUGGUCCUUCACUCGAUGCAAGACAUUGCUCUCGCCCGUAUAGAAGACGAGCUACGUGUUAGGCAUAUCCUGAACGAGAUUGUCGAGGCAACUGAGGGUAUGGGCUGUUCAGCCCCCUUUAUCGAGUCGAUCACACGAGGUGUGACAUCCUGUAUCGAGCAUCAACAUCUCUGGACGACCGCUUCAUACGAAGAACUUGCUGCUGUCAACAUGUACGUCGCUGCUCUACGAGCGAAUACAGACGAACCGGGCAUGUUGCCUCGACUCGCAGCAUGCUUUGGCGCGGAUCGUGUCAAGGUUCGUAAACUGGUCGCGGAUAUAACGAAGUUGCUCGUAGAUCUCGACGCCCGCGCUACAAUUGCAAAGUUCAUGCCAACUUUCGAGAAGAUAUUCCCCAAGCUAUGGCGCAAGUACAAAGUCUUUGCACGACUCGUGCUUAAGCUUUGGAACAAAGUCAAGGAGCGCGAACCGUUUCCACCCGACUUCGUGCUAGAGAAUUGGCUCCGUAUCGUCGCCUCUUGUAUCGAUGUAGUGAUGUUGGCCAAUGACAUAAACAUCCCAGUUCACAAAACCUGCGCGGCAGUCGGAGCGAACGAACAUGGCGAUGUCGGCGAGGAUAUUGACAUGGAGAUCACGCUACUAAUGGGCGAUGACAAGGCUUAUUCAUUCCGGGUUAAGAGCACUCAGUCGUACCAUCAGCGUAAGCUGAAAGCCCGGAAAGUCACAGCUCCCCAAGGGAAAUAA